AUGGCGGAGGGGCGCGUCCCCCGCGCGGGGGCCGACGGGAAGAAGUUCGAACGGCGCCGGCGGGCCGCGGCGGCCAUGGCGGAGGAGGCGCCCGAGGACGGCGCGGUGCGGACCCUGCCCAGCCUCAGGCGGCUCUCCCGGGCUCUGCCCUUCGGACGGAGCCAUGGCCGCCUCGGUAUCAGCCCCAGCGGCCGCCUCAUUGUACCAGCGCUGUGCUCUCAGGAAAAGGCGGACCCGCAGAAAACAGCGUUCCUGCUGCGGAAAGCUUGGACGCUGUACAGCGUGACCCCCCUGUACGGCUUCCGCCGCGCCCGCCUCAGGGACUACGCGCGGCUGCUGGGCGCCUUCAUCGCCGCCGAGAAGCAGAAGGGGCUGGCGGUGGAGGUGGGCGUCGAGCUGGACAUCAAGGUGGCCCUGUCCAGCCUUGCCGACAUCAGGGGCAGCGAGCUGGACCAGGCUGCCCUCCUCGUGCAGCUCUCUUCGAGGUCACGAGGCUCCUCCAGGAACUCUGAGGACAAACCAGUGUGGUGGGGCUGGUUCUGCUCCAUGUUUGGAGAUGAGCUUUCCGAGAAUGUUCCGGAGCACUUCACCUGCCUGCCCCUGUUCCUGAGCCACGGCGCCGAGAGCUACACCGCCCUGGUUGGCAGCUGGUUCCAGAAGACUUUCGACUGCUGCUUCCGCCGCCUGGCCAUCAGCCCCCUGAACCUCAGCUGGAUGGCGGCCAUGUGGGCUGGCUGCAAGCUGGACAGAGCUGCCUCUGCCGUGGAACUCGUCUUCUCCGUGCCCCGCCUGGCGCAGCCCCUGGAUAUUUCCUACGCCAUCCACCCGGAGGAUGCCAAAGCUCUGUGGGACACGGUGCAAAAAACGCCAGGAGAGAUCACCCAAGAGGAGGUGGAUGUCUUCAUGGACUGCCUCUAUGCCCACUUCCACAGGCACUUCAAGAUCCACUUGUCAGCUGCAAAGCUGGUGAAGGUUUCCACAGCAAUUGCCUCGGCACACUGUGAUGGGAUUGUAAAGAUUCUACACAGCCAAUACCUGCCUGGAGUGCUGAAGCUACUGACUGAACUGGCAAUCUCUCAGAUACAGUGAGAGCCAUUUCAGUAGCUCUUCAUACUCAAAAGGCUUUCUGUUUGGACAGUCUGUACUGAGAAACUCACUCCUGCAGCAUCUUCUUUCCUCUCAUUCUGGCUGACUUUGGACAGACUGUAACUCCAGCACUUGGCUGUGUAAUUCCAUGCACAGCAAAGUCAAGCAGACAUUUGGCCCUGAAGAAGGGCUGCAAUGCAAACUUGUGGCAGCUUCCUGAGCAGCUUUGUUUUCUCAGAGUCACUCAUUUCAUUUAUGGGCAGGUAUCAGCUCAGGGACAAACAGUGCAAGUUCUUGAUCCAGCUCCCUGGCAGGUAUUUCUGUUGUUUCCAAGUUGGUUUUCACUGGACAGCCUAAGCUAUGCAGACCUUGGCUAAACUGUGACUACUCUUGGGCUACCCUAAAUGCAAAGUUCAGCAUACCUGAGAAAGGGUGCAUGCUCUACAACCCAGGGCAGAAAAAUCCAGGUUUCUAACUCUUUUUUUAGCUUGUUAAGGAUAUUUGGUAAUGGUGAUAAUGUUCAUUUGUGUUCCAGUUGGGCAUGAGAUUGGACACGAGGCAGUUGUCAGCCUGUUGGUCCUCCCAGGCACAUUGAGAGAUGGGAAAGUGAGGUGUGGAUAAACUUGAUAGUUACUAGGCUUUGUCCUGAUGUUUGUAAUCUUGGAUGUAAUCCUGUAGGCCAGAGAGCUCUCAGGGUUGGAGCUGUGUGCUAGAAUUUGAUGUUGGAUCCCUCCCUUCUGAAGCAGGUAAGAGUUCAGAGGGACAUUUAAGGAACAGAAAGUAGCACCUGCUGAGAGAUUUUUGUAAUACAGUACUAAAUAAAGAAAACCUUUUCCAUCUUUUGUCUUAAGGAAUGACCACCACUGUCUAAUUAAAUAUAUCCUUGCAUGGAGCUUACUUCCAAUUACAGCUUUCCUGACCAAACCAACCCUUGUUACUUAUUAAAUGCUUCUGUGAGCAGCAAAAUUCCAAGCCUUAAUUUCUUGCUUCACACUUGUGCAGCACCUCUGGGAGCUGAUUUGUGCUAUGAACUUCUCCUAAACAGGGGUGCAAGUUUCCUUUCUCUUCCAAGUGUAAAACUGCCUAACACAUGACAUAACUGCAU